GUCCAAAUAAGUAUAGACCUUAUGUAUUGCAAGAUCAUGAAAUUUUGAACAGAUUAAAAAUACUAGAUUAGGUAAAAGAGAUGCUGACACCAUUUAAUGAGUUUUACGGCAUUAGUACAAGUACAACCCGCAUAAGUGUUUCUCUGUCUUCUCGAUUUGAUGCAAUGUUUGAAGUGCACCCUGCUCAUACAACAUUUGAAUCCCUUAAGAAAUGGCGAGAUGACAGCAUAGACCUUUUCAAGAGGGUCAUUGGCCUGAAGGCAUAUAAAGAUGCUCUAAUUGCACUGCCCAAAGUUAAAACUUUCUGAGGUUUGCCAAGUGAAUACCCAGGUAUGCACCAUGGUUGAGCAUCGAAUGACUGAAAUUAGAUAUACAUUAUAUUUUCUCGUGUGGAUUAAGUUUUAAAUUUCACACUCCAAAUUUAAGGCAAAGGAGUUUGGGUUACAGUAGAUAUGAGAAUUCUCGAUGAUGAACCAAAUUCCUACAUUAGCUAUGACUAUUGUAAUAAAAAAGUUUGUGGACC